CAUUGAGAGACAGAAAAGCCCACCAGCAACUAUAUUAAAUAAUUAAUUAAUCAAUAAUUAAUUAGUUAGUUAUUAUAUUCAUUCGUAAUUCUUGCCAAGAUUAUUACUCUAUACCAAACGGUCGAUUGGAUCAAUCAGUCGAGUUAGUUCAAUGUCGAGGACACGAAAUAUUAUAAGCAUAAGCGCGUUAUCCAUGAAACAGAGGCAGACCUUGGAUGAAAUUCAAAUGGGACUGUUGAAACGUCUGCAAGCUGGGUAUGGCGUUUCAUAAGAAUAGGUAAAGAACAUCGCAAUGCAAGAAUUCAUAAUUACUAUUAGGUAAGCACAAUAUCAACAUAGAAUAUCGCAAAGCAGAACCACAUUAAAGUAAACCAGGGUAUAAGUAACCUAAGACUGAAGAAUGCAUGUUACUGGCUCGGAACCCAAGGCUCAGCUGAACGAAGGAUGGGUACUUGGCAUUGAAGGAUUUUAUUUGAAAAGGAAACGUAUCACAUAUCUUCAUAUUAAAUUAGGCAUCUAUUAUUCAUAGUUAUAUUCCUACUUGAACAUAGUUUCUCCUAGCUGAGCGGUUCUUCGACUUCCUUGCUAUACUUGGGACUUUGAACAAUAUACUGGUGGUCCGAAUUCUCUAACUAUCUACAAUGCUUCGGCUUCGAGGGAAGGUCGAGACUCCUAAGCAGUUUUGUACUCCACAGGAUAAACUUAAACAGCCUUGCGAACUUUGUACGCGAAUAUUUAGCGAAGAUCUUUAUAAGAACCUCAAGUCGAGCGGGGAAGGCGAGGCCGAGAUCCAGUCAUCAUGCGAGGUUUUGGCUAUGGAUAUAUACCAUAGCGUCCUCAAUGGUUGUAACAUGUGCACUCUCCUCGGCAACUCAGUCCUGACCGCUGCGGAGAAUGAGAUCCCUUUUCAAGAUGAAAGAGCAUUCCUCCUUCAUAUACCAUGGUACCAGGAGAAGGAGACAACUACAACGACAUCUACCGAGUCGGGCAUAUCACAGGGCGACCAUCAGAGAGGUUCAGCUUAUGAAUAUCUAAUGGGGUUUGAAAGCUCUGCUGAAUACGGGAAUUCCACACAAUCGCAAAUUCAAGACGAGCCGCAGCUGACCGUCCAAUCUCUUAACUGUCACGCAAAAAUAAAUCUUACACUGUCGGUUAUGAAAAGCAUGUAUUCGACUGGGUUUGAUCUUAUCAAUAUCGAGAUUAGAGCUAUACCAAGCGAAAAUUGUGCUAAGCCUUGGCUAUUUAUCCCCCCUUAUGGUGGAACACUCUGGCUUGAGUUGAUAUCUGAUAACGCCUUGGAAGUCUUCAGUAAGGAAUGGAAAGGACUUUCUGCCUCGGGCGAAAAGUGGCCGCGUAUAGCGCGAGGAUGGCUUCAAGACUGUCAACGGAGCCACCAAUGUACUGUGCCGAGUGCAUUUGUACCUACGCGUCUAAUAGAUGUCGAGGAUCCUCGACACCCACACCUUGUCGAAACUAGCUCUAUAGAAGCGGAGGACUAUGUAACAUUAAGUUACGUAUGGGGUACUAAGCAAAACUACGUACUGACACAAGAAACUUUGCCCAUCAUGCUUGAUGGUCUUCACAUCCAAAGUAUCCCUCAAACAGUCGCAGAAGCUAUGGAAGUUACGAGGCAACUUGGAUUUCGCUACAUAUGGAUUGAUGCCCUAUGUAUUAUCCAGGACUCGCGGGAAGACAAGAUCAAUGAACUACCGCAGAUGGCAAAAAUAUACCAAUAUAGUGCUAUAACUAUCGCGGCGGCUAACUCCACAGGAGCUUCUGAAAGCUUCCUAAAACCGCCACACCCCCCUGUCUUCAAGGUACAACCAUUCCAAAUUACCAUUGGUAGGGGUGUGCCUGAAUUCCCCUUUAUAAAUUUAAGCCUCGGCUUUAGAGAGGAAGAACCGACCUUGAAAGAUCCCAUCGAUUCACGCGGAUGGACGUUACAGGAAUGGGCGCUCGCUUCGCGCCGCUUACGCUUCUCGUCCCAGGGAGUCCAAUGGACAUGCAACAAGCUAAUCGCUGAUCCAAGCAGCCUGAAUGAACACCGAGACCCCCCCUUACAAAUCAGUCCGGAUGGAUACGUCCAGAACUACUCCGGAGACGCCUCCGCCAUCAUCUCUACUCCCUGGGAAUCGACGUUGUCCAAUAAAUAUGCGAUAGACGAAGCCUACAAAAGAAGAGAGAUGUCGAUGACGUGGAUAGAGAUACGCUCCCAAUACGCGCAACGGUCGCUCACAUUUCCCACCGACAAGCUCUCCGCGAUUUCAGCCGUCGCCGCCAUGGCAGCCGCGGACAACGGAAUGACUUACGUGGCAGGUCUGUGGAAGGAAGCCCUACUAGUCGACCUCCAGUGGUACUAUAUAUUCCGCUCGCACCCGACAAAUAAGCUCUCGCGCGUUGCCGCCGCCGCCACCCAAGAACACGAAGACGAAGACGGAUUCGCCGCCCCUUCCUGGAGCUGGGCCAGCGUGAAGUACGACAACGGCACGCUGUAUCCGAAUCAAUCGAAGCGGUGGACGACGGACCGCCCUUGGCACUUUCGAAUCCUGGACUGUUCCACGACUCUUAUUGACGGGAGCGACUUCGUGUUCGGGCCUGUGAAAUCGGGGUACCUGGACGUGGAGGGCAGGGUGCUGGACGUCGAAUGGCAGCCGUGGACCGAGCACACGGUGGCCCUGAACAAGAUCGCGCUGUACGAGGCGCCUCGAGGGGAAGGAGGAGAGAAGUCCGAGGAAAGGCUCGGACAGGCCUUCUUGGACUUCCCGACGGCGUGUCUGGAGAAGGGUUUAAGGUUCAAGUGUCUGAUCGUGACAAAGGCUGACAUGGUGUAUAACCAAGUCACGCCGGAACGCUACGGCGAUAUGAUUUGUGCACAUGCUCUUCUAUUGCUGCCGCGAGCUGAGCCGAAUACCUACCGGCGGGUUGGGCUUUGCUACCUCAGCGAAGGUGGUUUGUGGGAAGAGACAACGUUAGAGUCUAUUAGGAUUGUUUGAAUACACACACCCACCUACACUGGUGGUUUACCUAGUAUUGUAGUGCAUAGUAGUUCUCUCUUUACAUGGAGUCAUCAUUUAACCUUUCCAACGCAGAAAGUUCCCUGAUAUUCUUCGUAGUACACCCCCUUACUUGAGAGGGGCAAAAGUUAAGUCUCCAUACGAGUCCAGGGCGGUUAACAGAUCAUGCCAUGCUAACUCAUUUAUGCUAUUU